UCUCCGUAGUAUACUUACUUGCAUUUUCCUUUUGUAUCCUGUCGCUACAUUUGUUGAAAAGCUCUAUCCAAUUGGCAAUAGAAUUUACAGAAAGUUAUGUCUUCACUUUUGAGCACAGAGAGUUUGAGAAAUUUCACUACCUUGAUUUUGAUCAUUAUACUGCUCAUAUACAACCGCUGAGGCAAAUUAGUCGUGUGUUAAUAGCAAUCGCAUCUAGGCCAGAAGAUGUCACAAACCGAGAUGCUCUUCGGAAAACAUGGGCACAUAAUUCUAAUUUGGUGCAAUUUUACACAACAGGAAAACCUAUGGGUAGCACAAACUCCUUCAGUGAAGACAGUGACUCGAUCGUGUUAUUUGAGUACAAGUUUGUACUCGGAAACUGUGACAGAGCCGAUUGUCGCGAUUCUCAAGCUGAAUUGGAAAGAAAUCAGGAUAUCAUUUUUGGAGAUUUCUCAGAAGGAUACUACAAUUUGACUCUAAAGACGAACUUCAUCCUGCAAUACGCAGCUGAGUUCAUGCAGAACUUCUCAGUCAACUACAGUCACAUGCCGAAUUCGAAAGUGCACUUUAUGGUCAAAGCAGACGACGACACUUUUGUGAACUUGAGACUGCUAGGGGCUAUUUUGUCGCAGACUGUUGCGCAUAAAGCAUACGGGGGUAAAUGUGGGUCAUUUGACUCUCCUUGCAGAAACUCAAAAAGCAAACAUUAUCUGUCUACGACAGAUUACAGGUUCAGGUUUUUUCCCCCUCAUUGCGAGGGCCCAAUGUAUUAUUUAUCCGCUGACCUAGUGCAUGAAAUGGCAACUAUUUCCAAACAGUUCCACAAACUGAAUCGAACAAACCGAGAUUUCGGAGCAAUUUCUAGAUUCGAAGAUGUAGCCCUAGGUUUUUACCUUUACAUGUAUGCAGCUAAAGUGGAUGUUAGUUAUGUUAACUUUUUGUCCAAUAUCUACCCGAAACACAAAUUGCUGGGUUACUUCAAUGUAUAUGAUAUUGUAUUGGAAAAAAUUCCUUGUAAAACUAUGUUCUACUUCGGACAGUUGAAUAUCGGAGCUCUUUCUGAAAAGGUGUCAACAUAUGCUGCUAGCUUAAAUAGCAGUUUUGCCAAUAAGCCUUAUUUCUAUCAAACUUUUAGCUUUGCCAAUUUUGCAAUAUCUUCAGCUUUUUUCUCUUCACAUAUCGAUAGUGACCAAUCUAACCACAGUGCUAAUACUAUUAAAGAUAACCCUCCGCUUUCCAAUGUUCAACAACAUCCAAUAGCAAGUUCUAUCGCUCGUCUCAAGUUACAUAAGAAUUGCGUCAUUUGGUUUCGUAACGUUAAGCGUAUUGUCGUCUACCACCAUGUUAACAAUGCUGCUAUGUAUAAUUUAAAUUUUUGUCUUAACUAUUUUUGAUAUUUUUUGUACAUAAACGAGAAAAAAUUGAUUGUAAAAAUUAUAUUAUUAUUCAAAUGGUGACAGUUUUUUAGUAAAUAACACAUUCCAUAUUAGAAACUGACUGAGUUUAAUAAAACU